GCGUGUUUCUCCACAGACUCCAAAUUGAAUUUAAGCAUGUCCAGGUCCCCUCCAGCAGCUGACUCAUACCAGCAGGGCUGCAUCAGGAUGACCCUUGAGAACGCAGAUCUCUGGAAGUCCUUUCACAGCAUCUGGACAGAGAUGAUUAUAACAAAGCAUGGAAGGAGAAUGUUUCCACACUGCAGCAUCAGUCUAUCUGGGCUUCAACCUUUUGCCAAUUAUGUUGUCAUGGUAGAUAUGGUUCCUGCAGACAGCUUCAAAUACAAGUGGAAAAAGGAGCAGUGGGAGGUCGCGGGGAAGGCAGAGCCCCAGCCCCAGUGUCGGACAUACAUGCACCCGGACUCCCCUGCCCCAGGGAGCCACUGGAUGAAGCAGUCAUUGUCUUUUCUCAAGAUGAAGCUCACCAACAACACCUUAGACCAGCACGGCCAUAUCAUUCUGCACUCCAUGCAUCGCUACUACCCCAGGUUCCAUGUCUGCCAGGCAGAUAGUCCUUACACUGUCCGCUGGGGCCCAUUUCAGACCUUCUCCUUCCCAGAGAUGACCUUCACUGCAGUGACCGCUUACCAAAACCCAAAGAUCACUAAAUUGAAGAUUGACCACAACCCCUUCGCUAAGGGAUUCAGGGAGGGGGGCACCCACUCCCACAGUAAAAGGUGUCGUUCAAAUAGAAGCCCUCCCGCAAAAAGAGCUUUCCUGGACAAGAAAGCUCUUUGCAACAGUCCCCCAGACCUGCAGAGGAUGCCCUCCACCUCUCAGUCAGUGCAGGCAAUGAAGAAUCAGGCCUCCACACAGCCGUUAUUGAAGGGGGGUCACCUUUCAGCCUGGGCACUGGAGCAGGACCCAUCCAAGAGUCCACACGCUGAGCCCCCGGAGCUGCACGAGUAUGACUACAGCUGUGAAGAACAGAUGGUGCCUGCAUCCACGGCAUACCAGCCCUACAGACCUGCGGAGUACGCCAGAUUUCCAUUGCCUUCCAAUGACGUGGAUCCAGCAUACAACCCCAUCCACCCUCCCCCUCAUCCACUUGCCACAGCUGAACACAACGGCCAACAACAUGGCUACUACAACCAUCCCCACCACCAUAGCCACGCAGCGGAUUGGAGCCAGUACCCGCUCUUCUCCUACUCCAAUUGGUGAAUGUUGACCCUGUGCAAUUGUGACAUCACCAGUGGAGGAUAAAACCACUAAAGCCUUGAAGGAAUGUUGUUAAUAUGACAUUUACUCUUUUUAGCUGACGCUUUUAUCCAAAGCGACUUACAAUUGAUAUUUUUUGUUAGAGGUUGCACGCCUCUGGAGCAACUAGGAGUUAAGUGCCUUGCUCAGGGACACACUGGUGUCACAGUGCGGUGUUGAACCCUCUCACACCAAAGGCAUGUGUCUUAUCCACUGCCCCAUCAUCACCCCUGAGUAGGCCAGCAACUGACGGGCCGCUGCAGUACUUUGUUUUAAAAGUGUAUAAUUGUGUAUAAAGUUUUAUAUAUUUCCAAGAGCAUGUAUUGUAUGUGGAGGUCACUUUAAGUUUUGUCAGUUUAACUGGACUCAAAUUGUAUUCAC